AUCACAUCAAAGAGAGAAAUAAGAAGAAAUGUUCUGCCUGAAGGAUUUAGUUGUUUUGACCUCUUGUGUGGUCCUCCUCAUUGUCCAGUCAGGUCAUGGUUCUGAGAUUAUUGGUGGGAAAGAAGUUAAGGCGCACUCGCUGCCUUUCAUGGUUCUGACGGAGAAUCCAAUCUGUGGAGGGAUCUUGAUCCAUCCAAAAUGGGUCCUGACUGCUGCCCACUGUGUUAACAUUAGGAAUGUGAUUCUGGGGGUGCACUCCAUCAAAGAAAAGGAAAAAGAUUCCAGGCAGGUCCGCAAGGUUAAGAGUGUUCCUCAUCCCUGCUAUGAUGCAAAAGAUAAGGUCAAUGACCUCAUGCUGCUCAAGCUUGCCAAACCGGUGAAGCUAACCAAGACGGUGAAAUGUCUCCCGUUGGGUAACACCGUGAAAGAACCAGCAGCUGGCAGCAGCUGUCUGGUGGCUGGAUGGGGGAAAACAAAUAACAUCGCCAAGCAAAUAUCAAAAGUCCUGAUGUCUGUCAAUGUGACUGUGAUCGACAGAAUGAAGUGCAAUUCUCGUGAAUAUUACGGCCUGAAGCCUAUAAUCACCAACGGCAUGAUAUGUGCUGGUUCAGACGGUACAACGAUUGCUGAUACCUGUCAGGGGGAUUCAGGAGGCCCGCUGUUGUGUAACGGAGAGCUCGUCGGUGUCACUUCUUUUGGAACGAAUUGUGGCCUGAUUCAAAAGCCUGGAGUGUACUCUUUUCUCUCAGAAAAACAACUCACCUGGAUCAAGAACACAAUGAAAAAGUCUGAACUAGAGUAAGCCCUCCUUGACCAUUUUUCUGUGUAACUACUCAAAGGACGUCUAUCUUUGUACCUAUGUUAUUCUGCAUUCACUCCAUCCUCAUUACUGUAUACGAAAAGGAUUUGCAUGAUUUUUCAAAGCUGUAUUCCAGUGAGCUAUAUCUUUUAAGUUCAAAGCAUAACACCAAAGUGACAUUAUUCAAACCGCCAACCAGACAGAUUCACCAACUUCCUGCAUCAGAAGUUCAAACUGAAUUCAGCUCAAGUGGAAAGAUGUCAUUAAGGUUAAUUCUCAGAUCUCAUUAUAACUGCUCAAAAACACCAAACCAAAGGCAUUUUCUACCGUCUUAAAGGCAGAGACGUACAUAUUUCUUUCUUUCUCAUGUGUACUAUUGUGUCUCUCACAAUGCAUUCUCAUUACAGAAACUCCUAAUUUCACACCUCCAUGGCAUCACAGAUUUGUGUUUCAGUUCUCUAUUUUCAAAUCAGUGUGCAAAUUAAAAACCUUUGAUGUCUAGUAAACAUGACAGCAUACUUUGUUUAUCUUUCUUCCUGCUCUUUAGGUUAGCAGACAUAACGUUUCCUGCAUGAGACAAUUUCAGUAAUGUCAAAGUAGGGAACAUGAAGUUCUUAACCAUAAAGAAAAAAAGAGUUCGCUGACGGUGCACUUACUUAGAACACAGACCAAACCACAAGGUACUAAUUCACACGGUGUAUCUUCAGACCCCCUACAGGAAACAUGCAAGCUCGCGUGAGUGUUGCAACAUGCCUCUAUUCAAAUACAGUGAACACACAACAAAUAUGUCGACAUCCAGUAAAAAGAAAUGUUUGCUAUUGCAAUCAAAGUUGCCAGUUGCAGAGUAACAUUUUUUGGAAGCAUUAAUCAUCGGAUUCUUUGUCUCUCUUAUCUUAAAUGCUGUUGUUCUCUUUCAUUCCUGUGAGCUGAAAGAGCUCUGCAAUAUUUGCUCCCCACUUUAAAUUCUUCUGGGUUUAUUGUAUCGCACAUAAAUCAGCUUAGCCUAAUUACAUCUGCUGUAUACAGGCGGUCUUUAUGACCUGGGGCUGACUGUAACUGUUGCGCUGACGCUCAGUUUUCAUGCCAUGCUACAUCACCAGGUGGUGCUCUCUGCUGUAGUUAGUGCUUCAGUCAUUUAGAGAAAAGAGAUUUCACUCAGCUGGUGAUCAAGAACAUUUCCCUUUAAAGAACUUAAAAUGACUUUAAAGCAAAAUUAGUUCUGUUAAUAGGAGAGAUAUAUGCUAUAUUGUUUUUGUAUUUUGACCCCCAUUGGCUAUUGUGACAGCAUUAAUAUCUACUCUUUUGAAUAGUUCAGUGAAAAUGAUAAGUUGUAGCAUCUUAAUUACAGUAAGACAACAACUGAGACGAACAUGAUGCAAUAACUUGCAGGCAUAUCCAAUACAUCCGGGUGGAGAUUCCUUAUGACAAUAAAAUUUGUUGAGACCAGAUCAACCAAACAGGGAUUUUUUGAAUGUAUCUUUGUUUUAUUAAAAUAAUUGUUUUGAUGUCUGGAGAGGUCAUUCAAUAAUUCACAUGUUGAAAAAAGAAAAGACUGGAGUAAAUAAAAACAUAAUGUGUGUUGAA